AUGGGUAAAGAACAAUAUCGUGAAUCAGAUUUGGCACGCAAAGUAAGCCGUGUGCAAUUUACGGCUGGUAAUGCUGAAUCAAUGAGACAGGUUGCGCAUAUACCGAUUUUCAAUAGCAAAUUGUAUGAUGAAAGUCCCGGCCGAUGGGUUCCGGUUACCCAUGGACCGCUCGACCCACGUUUAUUUUGUUCUGCGAUGUUAAUUACUGGCGAGCAGAAAAAGACAUUUUUGCAACAGGUUAAUAAUCCCAAUUUGGAUUAUUUACGACGGAAAGCGCUUCAUAAGCGUAUCGUUGCUGUUAGCAAAAAAAUUACUAUUUGUAGUAGAUGUGGUCAUAAAAAUGGUAUUGUAAAGAAAGCGGUUGGUACAGUAUUAAAAAUAGCGCAUGCUGAAGCAAUUUCUGCUGAUAGUUAUUCCGAAUAUGUUUAUGCUGUGCAGGAAAAUAAAGAAUUACAAAAUUUGCUACCAAAAACGAAAUUCACUCUCUUAGAUCCACUCCAAGUGCAAGUCUUGUUUAACAAAAUUGACAGAGAGGAUAUACCACUGCUGAUGGUGCGCUCAGCGGAUACGCCGAAACAUCCAUCAGAUGUCAUUUUGACUAGAAUACCUGUCCCGCCAUGCUGUAUUCGACCGUCUGUUGUGUCUGAGGUGAAAUCGGGAACAACCGAAGAUGAUAUUACGAUGAAAUUGUCUGAAAUUAUGUUGAUAAAUGAUGUCAUCGAGAAACACAAAAAGGAAGGUUCGCCGACUAAAACCAUUUCGGAGACAUGGGAUCAUUUGCAAGUUCAAUGUGCGCUGUAUAUAAACAGUGAACUGAGUGGUUUACCACCUGACAUGCAACCUAAAAGAGCAACGCGUGGAUUUACACAACGGUUGAAAGGAAAACAAGGCAGAUUCAGAGGAAAUCUCUCCGGAAAGCGUGUUGAUUUUUCCGGAAGAACGGUGAAUAUUUGUAAAUUGAAGCUUAGAGUUAUAUCACCAGAUCCAAAUCUUAGGAUUGAUGAAGUUGGUGUUCCUAUUCAUAUAGCGAAGAUUCUUACUUUUCCGGAAAUUGUAAAUAAGGCAAAUAUUGAGCGAAUGCGUAAACUGGUUCUAAAUGGUGAUGAUAUACAUCCAGGAGCAAAUCAUAUUGUGGAAAGAGCAACAGGCAACAAACGCUUCCUCAAGUACGGCAAUCGUGAAAUCACUGCUGCGCAAUUAAAAGUUGGUGAUAUAAUUGAGCGGCAUCUGGAUGACAAUGAUAUUGUGCUUUUCAAUAGGCAACCUUCGCUUCAUAAAAUCUCAAUUAUGUCUCACAGAGCAAAAAUCGUUCCUGGAAGAACAUUCAGAUUUAAUGAAUGUGCAUGCACACCGUACAACGCCGAUUUUGAUGGUGAUGAGAUGAAUUUACAUGUUCCCCAAACAUAUGAAGCACGUGCGGAGGCAUCUCUGCUGAUGGGCGUCAAAAGUAAUCUAAUCACGCCGAGAUCCGGUGAACCGCUCAUUGCUGCGAUACAAACAUAUCUUGAACUUACACAACUCUCGAAAAUACUGGGAUUUUUUACUAGUGGAAUGUGUCCUGGCGAAAUAUAUAAAGUUGCAGAUUUCAUCACUGGUAUCUAUCUCCUAACACACAAGGAUAGUUUUUUCCCUCGUUCGGAGAUGCAUCGUUUUGUGGCCUCUAUCAUAGACUCAUGUUCGAAAAAGCAGUCAAGAAUUCGAAUACCGCCACCGGCUAUUCUAAAACCAGUGGAACUUUGGACCGGGAAACAAUUAGUAGAAUUAAUUGUAAGACCAGAUGUGGAUUCAAAAAUCAAUUUGAAUUUAACUACAAAGAAUAAAAGUUAUACUGGCAAUGAAGAAUUUUGCGUUAAGGAUUCUUAUGUAAUAAUCCGGAACAGUGUCUUGAUAUGUGGAGUACUGGAUAAAGUAUUAUUGGGAUCGGGCAGCAAAACAAAUAUAUUUUACUUACUUUUGCGUGAUUUUGGUGAAGAUGCAGCUACAGAUGCUAUGUGGCGACUAGGCAGAAUGGCUUCUGUGUUUCUCAGCAAUCGCGGUUUCUCUAUUGGAAUAGGAGAUGUAAGACCAAGUAAAGCGCUAUUGAAAGAGAAAAGUGAUUUACUGAGGAAUGGUUAUGAAGUUUGCGAUGAUUAUAUUAAAAGCUUAAAAGAGGGGAAACUAAAAGCACAACCGGGUUGCACAGAAUAUGAAACACUGGAAGCGUUAAUUUUAAAAGAACUUUCUGCCAUUCGUGAUCAUGCAGGUCAAGCAUGUCUGCGUAAUUUGUCGAGGCACAAUGCUCCACUCAUUAUGGCUGUUUGUGGUUCAAAGGGCUCAUUUAUUAAUAUUUCACAGAUGAUUGCAUGCGUAGGUCAACAAGCUAUCUCUGGACACAGACCACCGGAUGGUUUUGAAGAUCGUUCUUUGCCACAUUUCGAAAGACGUCAAAAAACACCAGCUGCGAAAGGUUUUGUAGAAAACAGUUUUUAUUCUGGUUUAACACCAACCGAAUUUUUUUUUCAUACCAUGGGUGGUCGAGAAGGUCUUGUCGAUACUGCAGUAAAAACUGCCGAAACUGGUUAUAUGCAGAGACGAUUGGUGAAAUGUCUUGAAGAUCUGUGUGUAAAUUACGAUGGUACAGUGCGUUCGUCCGUAGGCGAUGUAAUUGAGUUUACAUUCGGCGAAGAUGGCUUGGAUCCUGCGUUGAUGGAAUCAAAAGAUGGUGGGGUCGUAGAUUUCAAACAUAUACUAGAACAUAUUCGAAAUAUUAUGCCGCAUUCGACAGAAGAUGGGGAUAUUACCAGCGAUGAAAUGCAAAAAGUUGUCACAGAUGCAAUCAAUGAAAAGAUUGGAAAAGAACAUGCAAUGUUUCGAGAACAGCUUGAGUCUUUUAUUAAUGAGCAUUUGAAAAAAACGAACAAAUAUUACAAACUUCCAAAAAAUUGCACUAGACAUAUGCAGUUAAUGACAUCAAGAACACGUUGUGAUGAUUGUAAGAAUCAAAAUUUCUUCCGACAGACCGAAAUUAAGUCACGUUGUUUAUCACGUGCGCAAGCAAUCGCUUUCAUUGGGCUUUGUUCGAGGAAAUUUAGGCGUGCCAUUUGUGAACCAGGUACAGCAGUUGGCGCUAUUGCUGCUACAAGUAUUGGUGAACCGUCAACACAAAUGACGCUAAAAACAUUUCACUUCGCUGGUGUUGCUUCCAUGAAUAUCACUCAGGGUGUACCACGAAUUAAAGAAAUCAUUAAUGGUGUAAAGUUGAUCUCAACACCACUAAUCACAGCUGCAUUGAUGGAUGAAAAGGAUGAAAACUUAGCGCGACGAGUGAAAGCAAGAAUUGAAAAAACAACACUUGGUGAAAUUUGUGAUUACAUAGAAGAAGUUUAUUUACCAGACGAUUGCUUUAUUCUGCUAAAGAUCAAUGCAAAACGUGUUCGACUUCUCCAGCUUGAAAUUACAAUGUCAUCAAUUGCACAGUCUAUUUGCACUUCAAAGCUGCCUGUUCCAGUGAAAAUAUCGCAGAUUACAAUUUUGGGUAAAACAAUUAUGACAGUUCGACCGCCAGAAUUGGCGAAAUGUUCCAAAAUGAUGGCUAUUCAAUAUCUGAAGUAUAAUAUUGGAAAUGUCGUUGUAAAAGGUCUUCCGGGCAUUGUACGCUGCGUAAUUCAUGCAGAUGAAAAGAAGGGCGAUUCUUAUAAAUUAUUGGUGGAAGGGAUAGAUUAUCGUGAAGUUAUGGCAACAGUUGGCGUCGAUGGCCGUCGGACAUAUUUCAAUAAUGCACUUACUGUCGCUGAUGUGCUUGGCAUUGAAGCGGCACGUUCAUCGAUCAUAUCAGAAAUAUUAUCUACAAUGGUUUCACAUGGGAUUGGCUUAGAUCAGCGACAUGUGAUGUUACUUGCGGAUUUAAUGACUUACAGGGGUGAAGUACUUGGUAUAACGCGGAAUGGUUUGGUGAAAAUGAAAGAGUCGGUGUUACUGUUAGCAUCAUUCGAAAAAACAGCUGAUCAUCUCUUCGAAGCUGCAUUUUUUUCACAAGAGGAUAAAAUAUGCGGUGUAAGCGAAUGCAUCAUUCUUGGUACUCCAAUUACAAUUGGUACUGGUUUGUUCAAAUUACUUCGUAGCCAUGGCAAGCAAUUCUCAAUAUCUAGAAUGAGCACCAUUUUUGAGUCACCUGAAUUUAAUUUGAAAUUGUAA